AUGGGGUGUGAGGAUGUGGGGAUCGAGGAAUUUAGGAUUGGUGUUGGAAAGGAUGAAUGUAUGCAGAGCAGUGGUUGGGGAUGUGGGAGGAGGGGUGGUGCCCAUCGAGGGAUCAGAAGGAAAGGGGUGGGUGGUGGUUUCUUGGAGAAGGUUGGCACUCAUGUGUUUGGGGGCUUUUGGUGGGGCAGUGACAGAGGAGGCACUCCAGGAGGUAUCAGUGGGGGCAGGGGAUGGGGAGGUGUAUAUGACUGUAGUAGUAGAGGUGUCCAUAGUGGACAGUGCAGUCUACCCAUGAGAGAUGUUGCUAAGGUAGGGAAAGAAAACAAAGACCGGCCAAUGAGGAGAUGGGGACAAAGUGGCAGCAGCUGCAGUGGCGGUGGAGGUGGCAUGAGGAGGAGCGGAUAG